AAAUUUUAAUAGAAUAAAAAAUGUAGAAAUAUUGAUUGACAAUCAUAUAAUAAAAUGAAUUUUUUAAGUAAGCGACUAUUUAGAUUAAAUAAAUCUAUACUGAAUACAUUCAAACAUUGAAAAUAACAGAUAGAUUUACAUAAGCAUAAAUUAAUAAAUUUAAAAGUUUGAAAUAUUAGGGAGAAUGAUUGAUUGAUUGAUUGUUAAGAUAUUAUUUAUAUUGUUAGAAAUUGAUAAAUAGUAAUUAUUAUUAAAAUAUUUUAGGCUCAAAAUUUAUUAAAACUUGAAUCACUCAUCAUCAGAUUCACUCUCUGCUGAGUUCUUCAUCAGAAGAGGAGCUACAACUACUGAAUAAAUUUUUCACAGCAUUAUUGUAAUGGUUCUCCCACCAGAUAAAAAUAUUAGAAUAAAAAUCUGCUAACAUCAAAAUGAUAGAUAGGUAUAAGUCUCUUAAAAAUACUAGAAAGUAUUUUCAGAGUUUUUAAUAAAAUUUAAAAAUCUUACUCCAAGACCUUCUUCUCUCUUUUUGAUCUAGAUGCAUUCAGUUUAACCUUAUUGUUCUUUACCAAGACCGUUUCCUCUUUAAAUAAAUGAAUAAUAAAAUUAUUAAAUUUCUAUCUCGUUAUAAACUAAUAUAAUGAUUAUACUUCCAUCCCAUCUUUUAAAGCAUCUUUAAACCGAAAUCGCAUUCAAAUUUUUUGUUAGAAACACCAGUUCCUUUUUUAUAGAUAUAAUUUAUAAUUUCAAAUACUCUGUAAAGAUUAUAAUGCAUACCUUCUAAUAUUCUAUCUCUGAAUUUCUUUGACAUUUUUAUGUUAUAUUAUGAGGUAUUUCAAGGAUAAAUAUACUUUUGAUUUAUUUAUUUUUUAGCUAGAUGAGAGAGCUAUUGAUUAAAAACUUUUCUUAUUAAUUAUUUUUUAAUUCAAACAAGCUUAGGAUUCUUUAUAAAGAAUGGUAAAUCUAUAACAAAUAUAAAAAAGAAGAUCAAAGUUAAUUAAAUUAAGGUGAAUAAAUGAAUUUCAUUCUAUAAAUUAAUUAAUCUAUUUGAUUAAUCUAACAAUUAUGUCUUAAUAAUACAAAAUAAUUUAUUUUUAAAUUUCUACUUUUGUAUUUUUGAUUUUUCAC